GAAUAUGAGACACAUUUAGCUGUUACCUACAGUAUGUUUAGAGAGCGAUGUUCACUUAAUAGAAACACUUGUUCAUAUUUUUAAAGGCAUGUUGGCAGGGUGUGGAUUUAUCUUAACAGACAAUAAUGUGGUGGAUACUCUUGAUAACCAUAGCUUCAGUGCAAAGCCAAGAUUUUUGUCAUCUACUCAACUAUACGUCGUCAUGUAAAUAUGCUUGCCGUUGCAAAGGAUCAUGUGACUCUAAUGGUAACUGUAUAGGAUCGUCUUGCAGUGAUGGAUGGUUUGGUUCAGGCUGUCAGUACAGUGAUGUUGUCAUUAACGCAACGAUACUACCUCAAAGUUUAGAAACUUUACGCUCCAACUCAUCAAGACAAGAUUGUGGUCAGCGAGUGGGUCCACUGUUUGUUUUAUUGACUUGGAAAGUACCACUUCCAUUUACAUGGUUAAGGAUCAAGCUAUUAAAUAAAACCACCUAUAGAAACAUUACUUUGAGUUUAAACAAUGCACUUUGUCAAAAGACGAAAAUCUUUUCUGUGGACGAUACAACGCUGGACAUUGCUUGUGAUGCCAACGUUUCCAUGACAACAUUAAAACUUGAAGGAGACGUUGUAGGGAGUAUUUGCACUCUGUUUGUCAGUGGAGGUCGUAAUUUUGCUCUCUUUCAACAAACUUCUCAAUCAUCAAGCUAUUAUUCAGAUGGCUUUAAUGCAAAGUUUGCUGUUGAUGGUAGAAUCAUACCAUCAUGUUUAUUGGGUGGUUGCAGUCAUACACACAGAUGGGAUAGUAAUCCAACGUGGACAGUGUACUUUGAUCAACGAGUCCAAAUUAAUAAAUUUGUGUUAUAUAAUAGAAUCGAUGACAAACAAGAACGCUUGAAAGGUUUUCUUCUCGAAAUGCUUGACAGCAGCAACUUGACCAUAUAUAGCUAUCAAAAUAAUUCAGAGCCAACGAGACUUGUUUACACAGUGUUAAACUUGAAGGCUGGUGCUGGAGCUGCAGUUCGAAUCAGUCAGAAAAAUAUAAUUGGUUCAGACUCCGUACCGUUUGUCACUCUCAAUGAAUUUGAAGCGUUUGGAGAAUGUCUUCCUGGAUUUUGGGGAUUAAAUUGUAGGAAUGUCUGUGAAUCUGCGUGCAGUUCGUCCUGUCAUGCAGAACAUGGAAAGUGUAACACACUGUGUAUUGGUUACACGGAUCCACCACAGUGUUCAAUUGAAUGUAAAGCUACACAAUGGGGACCGAAUUGUUUGAAUCAUUGCAGCGUCUCUUGUUAUAAUUCCUCCUGUGAUAAACUCACUGGCUUAUGUUUGUCUGGAUGUCUGGGAUAUCAAGACUUUCCUUAUUGCACUACAAAAUGUAACAAAGCUUACUCCGGUGUAAAUUGUACCAACUCGUGUCCAAGCAAUUGUUUAAACGCUACAUGUGACUAUAUCACUGGAAAAUGCUCAGACUGCACGCCUGGUUACACCGGGGACUAUUGCAAUAAUCCGUGUUUCGCAACAUGUUUUGGUUCCAACCACAAGGGGACGUGUUCUAUACAGUGUUCUCAGUGUAUUUGUGACUUGACGGUCCUGCAUUCCAGGAUUUAAAGGCAACUUUGGUGAUAUAAGUAAGUGAACAAUAUCAUUGUUUUAUACAUAAAUGUUUUUAAAAAAAAAUGAAAUUACGAAACUACUAAUAGAAUGUAAAUUUUAACACUAUUUUUUGUACAUAAACAUUGUAAGUAUAAAUGUAAAUUUAUUCUCCUAAUAAUAUGAUAACAUAAGGAAACAGAACUGUUUAACAAGAUCUUAUUCACUCUUCUAUAUUUUAUUAAAAUAUGGAAUUGAAGCUAGGUGCUGAAACAAAUGUGAUACAUACAUAUAUUAGACAUAAAUGGAUAGCAGCACCAGGGACCAAGUUUUAAGAGAGAAAGUAGUGGAUUAAAAUACUACGAAAAUAAGGGAAUGCGCCGACCGAGGCUCGAACCUUUGACUCUGGAUUCGACACCAACGCCAACCUAACCCGUAGACCAUCGGAAUGUCCAAAAAAAUCAUUCUUCUGAUCCAGAGUCAUCGCUAGGCUGUGGUGUCGAAUCCAGAGUCAAAGGUUCGAGCCUCGGUCGCUUAUUUUCGUAGCAUUUUAAUUCACUACUUUCUCUCUUAAAAAACUUGGUCCCUGGUGCUGUUAUUUAUUUAUGUCUAAUAUAUGUAUGUAUUGUAUUAAUUAAAUAUUUUAAUUCUGUUAUGGGGUUUGUUCUUAGUUGUAAUCAAACAAUGUAUGGGAAGCAUCGUAACGGUACAUUUUUUAAUAUCUAUCUAUCUAUCU